UGUUAUCUUAAUUUCUAAACCACAAACCCAAAUCUACAAUAUUUCUCUAAAAAUAGAAAAUUUCUUAAAAUUGCAGGUUUUGAAAAAAUUAUUUAAAAAUACAACCUAUUGGUGAUCAAUAGGUUUUAUUUAAAAUAAAUCACAAUCCCAAAGAUGCGCAAGAAAACGACUUGAGACUUUGUAUGAAGAGCUAUUGUCAAUUCUAUAAUUGCGUCGCGUUGACAAAACUUAUAUCAGUCAUACAUGAACAUGAUACAAAUAGUUUACAAGAGGUUGUUGAAGUCAUCCCCUUGUAGACUUUUCCCCAUUCUUAUAUAUAUCUUUUCGUUCACUUUCCCCACUUUUAUAUCUAUUUACUUAUUUUGCCCCAUAAAUAGUGACGAUUACACAUAGACCUCUUUACUUUUGGAUGUUUAUAUCAAACACACCCUCUAUUUUUCAGUUCAAUCUAUCAAAUUUUGUUUAAAUCCUUUUUGGUUGAUAUCUACUACUCUUUCUAAUUGGUAAUUAGAAUAUUUAGUUCAGAAAUUUCUUCAUAUUAAGAUAAUUUCAUAGAAUUUAAGGACUUAUUUUAAAUAAUAAAAAAUAUCGGGGUUGUUUUAUAAAAUGUGGACUUAUUAAAUAUGUCGGAAUACCAAGUCAUGUUCCUCCCUAUUGCUGAAAAAUUCAGAAACGCGGUGAGAGGGAGAGACAUGAUGUAAAUCUCUCAGCUCCUUAAAUUUCUCCUUUCUUUGGCUUCUCUUUCGUUUCCCAGAAUCUCCACGAACCCUUAAAGAUUGUUUCAACGUUCUUCUUUGACUCCUUGAUCAAAUCCAUUUUCCUUUUCCUUCUUGAUAAUAAUGUGUCCGUUGAGAUUCCUAUUGGUGUUCUUCUCUGCGGUUCUCGCCGGAUAUUUCGCGUGGAAGACGGUGAGCUCUUCGCCUGAAAUCUCUCAGAACGACGACGACGGCUCACCGGUCGAAUUGAAUGAGAACAAGGACUCUGUUUCAAAAAGGUUCUGGGUGUUCGUCGACAUGGCCAGCGGCAAAUACCUUUGA